AGUAGUAGUUUUGAUAUACAACCCCAAGGCUCUCGGUGCAUUACCUGAGAAUGGUGAUGAGUUACCCCGAACACGAUAUGGGGAAUGGAGAUGAUACGAAGACGACCAAAUCGGAGCGGACUAUGUCGGCUUCGACCACAGCUGAUGCCGGCAGUCCUUCAGCACUAUUGAGGCUGGUCGAAAAUAGACGACCUCGUCGUGAAUCCGAGGACUCUGUGAAAUCCAAGUUGGAACUCGCGAUAAGAAGGACAUCCUGUUCGCCUCUCACGAACGCUGGCACUAAGUCGGCUCCGGACGGCACACUGCUGGUUUAUCGCACAGAGAGUAUGGCCACUGCUGUAAAGGCUAAUGCUUUCUUGAAGACCAAGAUGUGCCCUAAGCUCAGAAUGAAUGCCAAUGGUGUGUGGACCUGUCCUCAAGGCGAUCGUUGCAGUUUCGCUCACUCUGAGGCGGAGUUGAGGUCUCUGCCGAACCUUACCAAGACGGCUAUCUGUUACGAACAGGUGUAUGGCAAAUGCGGUUGCAAGAAUGGUGCUCGAUGCAAAUAUGCGCACAGCGAAGAAGAAUUGAGGAAGUACAUUCCUUUGAGUACAUCCAACAGCAGAUCUCCCGGUCGCCCAAGACACGGCAGUGGGGAUUCUGUCAAUACCACCAAGAGGAAGAACUCUCGAGCUUCUGAGCUAGGACUUUGUAACAGUGGUAGUAGAAGUGGACGUCGAUACAGUAAGGAGAGCGUCUCGUCUUGUGUGAAGACCGCAGUUGAACCGAAGCCUAUAGAUCUUCCCAGCCUCCGAAGCAGAGCGCUGCAGAUCGCCCGAGAGCUCCCCGCGAGCAGAGGGAAGCAUCUCGAGAUAUCCAGAAGUCAACUUGUGGACCAGCUCGAUGACCCGUGCAUUGCACAAUACAUGUGCUCCAUCUGUGGCGCUCUCGCCUCCCCCACGCCUGAUCCUACGAUAGCAUCGGCAUGCGCGCACAUGACUUGUGCUAGAUGCUUUGAGGGAUGGCGACGUGCUAAUGUGGAACAGGAACCCAAGCUCAAGACUCUACCUUGCCCGUCUUGUGGCUGUCCUCUUAGGAAAGGGAUAGACGUUUUCCCCUUCAACGAGUCCGUUGAGGGGCCUAUUGCAGCGCUGCUGAGGGUCUAUUCCAAGAUACGAAUUCGCUGCCAGAAGGUCGAUGAGCUCAGCACUUCUCCCCCGUGCGAAUGGGUGGGAAGUGUGCGAGACUUCCCUGAGCAUAUGGUCGUAUGUCACCAUUGGGAGUGUAUGUUGGAGACUCUCCCGAGCUCCAGUCUUGAACACGAUGCGGGGGCGGCUAACGACGGCCGCCCUAUGCAGUUCGACUACGGUAAGUUACAUGGCCACCGAGGGACCAUUUCAUCAUCAGCAGCAGCUGACAUCACUCCCAUGUGGGACGACAAUUCACCUUCGGCGAGCCCUGGUAAUCUCUUGAAGUUUCCUUCGGCGUCGGCUGAUGCGAGCAGCACAGGUUUCAACGAACAGUUGCUUAUCCUCUCGCCCUCACCGGUUGUGGAUUCUCACGGGCACCCCUCGGCUGCCGCAAGUGCCUCUACUGCAACGACGAUUACAGGCGCAUUGGGUGGCAUCUGGAGGACACAGCAGCUCGACGGCUAUUCAGGAAGCAGCUCUAAUUGUUCGGAGAUGAUGACAUGCAUAACUCCUGAGAAAGUCUCUCUACUUCCUGGCAGUGGUUUGGGAGAGGAACCCGAUGAUAAACAUGUUGAAGAGUUGGCCUUAGCUGAAUGUGAAGUGAUAUGCGACUUCAUCCCAUAUGGGUCUUCCGCUGACAAGAUGCUGGAGAUAUUCGAAGGAGAGACUCUGCUGUAG